GGUCUUCACCCCACCGGCAAAGGGGAAACGUAUUAGUAUCAACCAGGGCAUCGGCCGCCCCCGCCACAGAACCAACCCCGAAGCUGCGCGAGGAAGCAAGCAGCCUCCCUUCAAGAUGAGCCGAUGGCACGCGCCUGGUUGUGCUGGGGGAGACGAGAAUAUUCUAGUCAAUCCAAACGGCCUCCCCCACUGCCAGAGCUGCAAAUCGACUCCAGAUAUCCCAAGGCUUCUCACACAGCAGGAUACAGGGCUUGCGAAUUUGCAGGUCCCGCCAGACGAACCGCCUGGCCAGCUCAACCUUUCGUGGCCGCCCACCGUUCCAUAUUCGAAAUCAGGACAGAUUUGCGAUGCCACCCGUUCCGUCUCUAGCAUCCAUGCACUCUUCGAGGCGGGCACUGGCACCAGCACCAGCACCAGCGCUGACAGCAACAGCCAUCCAGUGUCGGCAGCUCCAAAUACCACACGUAACGAGCCUUUAUCGCCGGUUUACCCAGAGGCCCUACGCCAUGACGAGUUCCGACUGCUGGUCCUCGACUCCCGCAACACGCCUGCGCACGCCGACGAGGCAACCCAUGACUGGCCAGUGCACAUGGAUCUCGAGACGUACCGCGACAACGAUCACCCAGAGUACGAGACAGUUUCCUACACCUGGGGCGGAGAGAAUGACGACAGCUCUCCAAGCCAGCCGGUCUACGUAGGGCCGUGCUGGGAUGCGCUCCUCCAGACCAAGAAUUGUCACGACAUGCUCCGGCUGCUCCGGCCAAGGCGAGGUCUUCGUUUUCUCUGGGUCGAUGCCAUCUGCAUCAAUCAGAACGACCCAGACGAGCGAGCUCACCAGGUUUCCAAGAUGCAAAUCAUUUACAGCAAUGCCUGGCGUUGUUUUGUGUAUCUGGGCUCAGAUGUUGUUACCCCAGUUCCGAACCGGUCAUUCUACCCGGCUAGGAGGCGUUUUGAGGAUCUCGCCAGAUCGGAGGAAGGGGAGAGAUUGGUCUUUCCAGAUCUGAGUUUCCGGCAGGUGCUCGAGCGAAGAUACUUCAGUCGGAUUUGGGUCAUCCAAGAGCUGCUCCUUUCCAAGUCAAUUUGCGUCCGCGUUCGAGACAUGGAGCUGCUCAUUGACCGCCCCACGCAGUCUGACCUCCUCGACGACGGCCAGAGCAGCAAGGAGAGGGGCGGGACGGACUACUGGGGCGCUACAAAAGCACCCUGGAUGGCACAGGCUACCCGAGGAAUUGUCCCCGAUCCGGUCGCGCUCCUGCAAAUGGUUCGAUUAUCCAGCGCCAGCGACCCACGGGACGAGAUUUUCGGCAUCAUCGGCUUACUCCGCCCUUCCCUGUCUUUGAUACCCGAUUACUCGCUCAGCCUCCUCCGAGCCCACGUCGGCUUUGCCGGUCAUAUCCUGCUCAACGGAAAUACGCCCGAGGCCCUUCUUCAUCCCGGGCCUCGACAUAGGGGUCAGCGCCCUUCCUGGGUGCCGUGGCCUUUGCCCAAGGAUACUCCAUGGCGCCGUCGAACUCCCGAAAUGGACAGCUCGUGGGAGGGAAUCCUGGGAAGAUUCUAUCGGGGACUAAAUGCCAGUAAUUCACUCGACCUCCUCGACGACAACUACCUCCCCGACGGCAUCCGCCAAGGCGUGCACAGAAGCGGCCACGCAGCCAACUGCCCGACUUGGCGGGAAGGAAAGUAUUGGCGAGCGGGCGCCCAUAUCGACGCAGCCAAUGGCUCUCUGAGCAUUCGACUUGUCCAUUUGAUGCCGCUGCGGCGCAUGCCAGUCCAGAUCGGGCGCGAGGAUGGUUUUACCAUCAUGAGGCUAGAGGCUCACAGCACGUACGUCUGGGCCGAGGAUGCGCCUUGUCGCUGGGAGUUCUCGCUCGUAUUCCAAGAUUCGCCCCAUGGUCUAGACCUCAGGCCCGGUGUGGACCAUGUAUUCAUACUGCAUGGCAAAUCACAGGAAGCCGGGCCACAGUUCAUUAUAUUGCGCCCACUACGAGACACGCCACUUAGCUUCCGCCUGGUCGCCUGCUGCCAUCGAGCAUUCAUCUGCGUCAUGCGUAAAAGUGGCCUCUACGCAAAUCAUUAUGAACAAGAGCAGGCUAUAAGAGGUAGAUCAAGUCUCUCAAUCGCCGGCCUGCGAAGAGACCUGAUACCGUUUUUACAAACCUCGCGGUUGCGUAACAUGAUAUACAACUGCCGGCCGCACUUCAUCUCGGAAGAUCUAUUGCAUCGCUCGGUUUGGUUGGCUUGUUUGAUAUACCACGGGCACAAGAUGCCGCCAGCCUUUCCCCUCGACCCUCCGUUAGGGGGCCUGAAGCUCGGCACUGUCAUGUGCGCAUUGAAAACGGCUCUGGACAUAGCGCUAGGUGCCGACUUGGAACCCAAGUUCCUCAACUUCGAGGGUCAGGAUUGCAUUGAGCUACAUGUGUUGCACUCCAACAUGCAUGAGUUCGAUGCUCGAGCUAUCGUUGAAAGCCUCUUCCAAGCCGUACAAGAAAGGCUGUCCGGGCCAAGCAUACCUGAAGAACGACCGGUCCCGGUCCCGAUCCCGAAGGCACACUUCUGGCGUAGGGGGGACAUAUGGACACUUGGCCAUGAGCCGCCAAAAGUCUAUACUGACAUUCACACCAGCCCGGUGGGGGAUGUGUUGAUGAUCGUCAACGAUAUGCUCUACUCCGAGAGUAGAGACAUGACCUCUCUCUAUCUUCUGUUCCCAGUCGAGAAGGACACCAGGGCUUACAUCCAAGAUAAUCAGAAGCUCCAGCUUAAAGUAUUAUAUCAUAUCGGGCGCGACAGACGGCUGGAAACAAGGAAAGGUCCGAAAGACGCCCUAAGCACGGCUCUCGAGUUGAUGAAACCCGGGGCUAGCGAGGGACCAGUCUGCCACGGUGAGGCCGAAACUCGUCCCGAACAUAUACUCGCAGCUCCUCUAUGGCCAAGGGACCUUGUGGAGGCUUUCGGCAUCGAUGGGAGCACCUAUCAAGUGACCAUCACUUGAGAGGCCGGGUUAAAGAUGGAGAGAAUGGAGAAUGGUGUUGGGACUUUUGCUUGUAUGGAUACCUUCCAAACCCAUCAUGUCGAAAUACGACCAAUUUGUUUGUGUCCAAAUCCGCUUGUCUCGCUAUCUUACACGGAAGCAACAGAUCAAGAAGUAACACUGAAAGAAGCCAAGCCAUCAAAGCUCCACUGCCAUAUCCCAAGCCUCGACGGCGGCCUCGACGAUGGGCCGAAUGAUCUUCCUUCCGGCGUUCUUGCCCUCGUAGGUCCACACCAUCUGCCUCCUCCCCAGCUCGCUGACCCUAUGCCACGGCUUGGCCUGGAGCUCAGGGUGGCUUUCGAUGGCGCGCUUGACAGUGUCGAAGAGGUCGUCGGCCUGGUUGUUGUUGAUGCGGACGUCGCUGCGGACGCACAGGACGAGCUCCCUGAUCUUCUUCUUCUUUCCGUUCUCGUCCUCACCCUUGUACCUGUUUACUGUCGGGCUGUUAGUACCAAUUUCCACCUCGUGAUUUGGGGGCGAGAAAAUGCCUUACGAGCAACACUGAUAUCUGCCCCGACUUGCGCCGUCCACGCAGCCUCGAUGGCAAACCAGUCAAACAGCUCGCCAAAGCCGGUCCGGGUGAUCUGCUCGUCGAGCGAGUAGGGGAUGGAGGAGAAGCCCAGGCUGACGGUCGGGGUGCGGGGCGAGUACGUGUCGACGAGGUCGCCCUUCCAGUCGCGCCUCAGCAGGUCCCGGACGCCGAGCUCGCCGAGGUCCUUCUUGGCCUCGCCCAGCUUGCCGUCGAGCGACUGCAUCUUGUCGUCCA